AUGUCAUCGCUACUAUGCCACACCCGCCACUUGGCUCUGCGCCACUCUUCUGCCCGCACCAUAGCCACUGUCGCCUCUGAUCGGCCUUUUCGCGUUGGAAUCGUAGGUGCCGGACGUAUUGGCCAAGUGCAUGCUCAAGGGAUACAGCGCACAAGUGCUGUAGUUCACUGCAUUCAAAUACCGGCUCGCGAGAAUUUGCCCCACCGCGCCGAGAAAAUCGCCAAAAAAUUUGAACAGAUCAUCGAGGCUGCAAAGCACCAAAAGCAUAUCUUUUGUGAAAAGCCCGUGGAUCUUGCGCUUAACGUCGUCAACAAAGCUAUCAAAGCAACGGAAGAUGCUGGCGUAAAGCUAAUGAUUGGAUUUCAGCGCCGCUUUGACUCUAAUUUCCUUCGCAUCAAACAGGCUAUCGAUCGCGAUGAGAUCGGAAAGGUUAACAUGCUUCGCAUCACAAGUCGUGACCCCGGUCCGCCACCUGUGAGCUACAUCAACAGCUCGGGUGGAUUGUUUCGAGACAUGACUAUUCAUGACUUUGAUAUGGCGCGUUUCCUUGUUGGCGACGAAAUCGAAGAGGUCUACACGAUGGCCCAGUGCGUCAACCCAGACAUUGCUGCCGCGGGUGAUAUUGAUAGUGCCGUUGUGCUACUAAAGUUUUACAACGGUGUGAUUUGCUACAUUGAGAACAGUCGUGAAGCCGCAUAUGGAUACGAUCAGCGCGUGGAAGUUUUGGGCUCCAAGGGCUCUGUUCGUUGUGGCAACGCCUACGCCAAUCAGGUGGUAGUGUCUACGAACGAAAGCGUGCAUCGCGACUUGCCGGUACAUUUCUUCCUUGAACGCUACAUGGAUGCUUAUGUCGCAGAAAUGAAGGAGUUUAUUCGUGUUUGCACAAGUAACGCGCCAGUUUCUGUGGGCGGUGAUGCUGGUCGUGAGGCUCUUUUGUUGGCCCUUGCUGCAAACAAGUCUCUGGCAGAAAAUCGCCCUGUCAAGGUUGACGAGCUUCGUGCUUAA